CUUCUGUACCUCCCUGAACCUCAGUUUCCUCUUCUGAAAGCUACUCUCAUUAGAUUAAUAAUCUACCACAGUACCUGGAGGAUUGUGGGUGCCUGUCACAGCCUGAGUCUCUACACCCUGCUUUCAUUUCCUCUCUGAUGCAGGGAGUAUACAAUGUGAUUCCCUUAGCCCUGGCCCCAGCUUUGUUACAGGGCCCUGGGGUUCUCCAUUAGGCUGCAAACAUGCAGAGAACCUGGCUUUUCCAGAGCUCCUUAGUUGUUGCUUAAUGUGCCUAUUGACCCAGUGCAUGGAGGAAGGGCCAGCUCCCCUGAUAUCAACCAAUCAGCACACCCAAGCAGUCACUUCUGAGGCUGACUACUGCUCUCUAGGAGGAACUGCAGAGAGAUUCCCAGUGUCCACCCUAUUAUCAGGCAAUACUGGCAACUCUGAGAUAGGUUCAUCUCUUGCCCAGGCUGCAGGCUUCUGGUUCCUGGGUGUCAGGCUCAGCCCUCCUUUCUUCCACCUUGCCAUGGCCAACGUCACACUGAAGCCGCUCUGUCCACUCUUGGAGGAGAUGGUCCAGCUUCCAAACCACAGCAACUCCAGCCUCCGCUAUAUUGACCACGUGUCGGUGCUGUUGCACGGGCUGGCCUCGCUGCUGGGCCUGGUGGAAAACGGACUCAUCCUGUUUGUGGUGGGCUAUCGCAUGCGCCAGACAGUGGUCACUACCUGGGUGCUGCACCUGGCGCUGUCCGACUUACUAGCUGCCGCCUCCCUGCCUUUCUUUACCUACUUUCUGGCAGUGGGCCACUCGUGGGAGCUGGGCACCACCUUCUGCAAGCUACACUCCUCGGUCUUCUUCCUCAACAUGUUUGCCAGCGGCUUCCUGCUCAGCGCCAUCAGCCUGGAUCGCUGCCUGCAGGUGUUGAGGCCAGUGUGGGCACAGAACCACCGCACGGUGGCAGCCGCGCACAGAGUCUGCCUGAUGCUCUGGGCUCUGGCGGUGCUCAACACAAUACCGUAUUUCUUGUUUAGGGACACCAUCCCGCGGCUUGAUGGCCGCAUCAUGUGCUAUUACAACAUGCUGCUCUUGAAUCCAGGGCCUGACCGCGACACCACGUGCGACUACCGCCAGAAGGCCCUGGCGGUCAGCAAGUUCCUGCUGGCUUUCAUGGUACCUCUGACCAUCAUAGCCUUGAGCCACGUGGCCGUGAGCCUGCAACUGCACCACCGUGGUCACCAGAGGACAGGCCGCUUCGUGCGCCUGGUGGCGGCCAUUGUGGUGGCCUUUGUGCUGUGCUGGGGGCCCUACCACAUCUUCAGUCUGCUGGAGGCUCGUGCCCAUUCUGUCACCACGCUACGGCAGCUCGCGUCACGUGGGCUGCCUUUUGUCACCAGCCUGGCCUUCUUCAACAGCGUGGUCAACCCACUGCUCUAUGUGCUCACUUGUCCCGACAUGUUGCACAAGCUGCGGAGCUCGCUACGCGCGGUGCUUGAAAGCGUGCUGGUGGAGGACAGCGACCUGAGUGGUGGGCCUGGCAACCGCAGCCGCCGCCGCCGCGCCUCCUCCACCGCCACCCCAGCCUCUACCCUCCUGCUGGCGGACCGACUUCCCCAUCUGCGUCCUGCGCGCUUGAUCCGCUGGAUGAGGCGUGGCAGUGCAGAGCUCCCACAGAGGGUCCGAUAGCCAUCCCAGGAGAAGCGGGGCUCAUUGAGCUGUACUUUGGAUUAGACCGGCACAGUCCAGAUAGCAUGCCAACACAUCCCGAGCCUCUCCAAUACACAGUUGAAAAUGUACAGUUAAUGCCGGGCCCAGGUUGUAGCUUCCUGGGUAGUGUCCAGGAAACUAGUUUAUGAAAAUGCCCUGGGCGACUCAGUCUCUGGGAGCAAGGUGAACUGAAACAGCCCUUCCUAAACACUUUAAUCUUGCAGUGUGGAGCUGGAAGCAAACGUACCCUUUAGAGGAGUUACCUGGUUCCUGACUGCUGGCCUCCAGGUUUCUACACAUUUAAGAACAAAAGUACCUAAUUGCCUAGGGAUCUUGCUAGGGCAACUGAUUUGAGUUAGGUAAGAUUUUGUACUUCUAUUACCUUCCUGGCAGCUGGCCCAAGGCAAUUGUUAAUCACGCAGGCAAAGCUCACAGCCUGCAUCUCAUAAGGCCCUGCUUUGCGAAUGGGGCAAAGGGAGACUGCCAAUUAGCAAUGGUGUUUAUGGGGGUCAGUGAGAGGAAGGGUUGAGAAAGUUUGCAGCCAACCACCUUCACUCUUAGUCCCUCAUUUGGCCUGAGACAGAUGCUUUAACCACACCUUGCCAGUCAGUUUGUUAGCCAUAUUGGUGUUUCAACUCCCAUUCAGGAUCUUCACUGUCCAGUUUUAGGGCUGUUGCUGCUGCCCAUGCACUCUGGACUUCAGUAUCACUGGAUCACUUCUAUCAGAGAGAACCACCUACCCUUAUUAGCUGCCUCACAGUCAUCACUUCCAGCCUACAGGUGGGAGGGGCACCAUGUAUCAGUCAGGGACCUUCCACCACACAUCUCAUGCUCUCCCACCAUGGACUGCAGGGCAGCUGGCUGACUCAUCUUUACCUUCUAGGGGAAGGGGAGCUGAUGUCAGAAACAGGUAGAUAUGGAACAGGGAUGGGGUAUUCUCAGGAUCUCCUGAACCAUUUAAGGCCAGGCUGGUUGUCAGUUCUGUCAAGCAGGCCCCAAGCCUGCAGCAGGUUCUUCUAAAACUGGAAAGUGUCACCAAGUCCCUCCUGCUUUACUCAGUGUACCUGUCACACCAUGUAUUUUAAUGGUUUAUUAUGAUAAUGAAGGCCCAGUGGGACAGAGACUUCUGUUUCUGGGAGCCCAGAGCUGUACCUAUGCAGAUACCAAUAAACACCUCUGCAGUAGA